GGAUACUUAAAUAUUACAACGUAUGUUUAAAUAAUAGUUAUGAGGUUUAGGACUAGGCAGAGGCAUGCUUGAGCAGAAGCUUAACAACUUAAAAGACAGACAGUGCAUUAAGAGUAUUCUCCGGAGCACUACCUUUAGUUCCAGCAUCUUUCUCAAGUGAACUCCUGUCAUAAUUUUUCACUUGUGCUGUCAUGGUGAAUCAUGUCUCUCUUUCCCUUCAUUUCAUCUGGUCUCCACUGUAGCUGCAGCUUGAAGGAUGUUCUCCUCGGUGAAGGCCUUUGAGGGGCAGCAGUAUUUGGUGCUGAAGAAGCAGUGUCUGCAAAGCGGGACCCUGUUCGAGGAUCCGUUCUUCCCCACUGUGGAUGACUCGCUGUUCUAUCAGGGGAACGUCAUUGGCCGUGUGCACUGGAAAAGACCUGGGGAGCUGUGUGAUGAUCCUCAUUUGUUCGUGGAUGGCAUCAGCGCUCAUGACUUGCACCAAGGGCAGCUGGGAAACUGUUGGUUCGUGGCGGCGUGUUCAAGCCUGGCCUCGCGCGAGUCUCUGUGGCAGAAAGUUAUCCCUGACUGGAAAGAGCAGGAAUGGGAUCCGGAGAAACCAGACUCUUACGCGGGAAUCUUCCAUUUCCGCUUCUGGCGCUUUGGUGAAUGGAUGGACGUGGUGAUCGAUGACCGCUUGCCCACAGUGGACAAUCAGCUGGUGUACUGCCACUCAAAUGAUAGCAAUGAGUUCUGGAGUGCCCUUGUGGAGAAAGCUUAUGCCAAAGUGUAUGGCUGCUACGAAGCUCUGGAUGGUGGGAACACAGCUGAUGCUUUAGUGGACUUCACCGGCGGGGUCUCAGAGCCAGUGGACCUGCUGGAAGGAAUGUAUGCUCAGGAUGAGGCGGCCAGGACCCAGCUGUUCGAGAGAGUGCUGAAGGUCCACAAUAGAGAUGGACUCAUCAGCUGCUCCAUCAGGGCAACCACAGUGGAGGACAUGGAGGCUCGGCUGGACUGCGGCCUGGUCAAAGGUCACGCUUACGCAGUCACCGACGUUCGGAAAGUGCGCCUGGGCCACGGCUUGCUGGCCUUCUUCAAAUCUGAGAAGCUGCACAUGAUUCGCAUGAGGAACCCCUGGGGAGAGAAGGAAUGGAGCGGGCCAUGGAGCGACAGCUCGGAGGAAUGGAAUAAGGUGAGCAAGAGCGAGAGGGAGAAGCUGGGCGUCACAGUGCAGGAUGACGGAGAGUUCUGGAUGAACUUUGAGGAUUACUGUCACUACUUUACUGACCUCAUCCUGUGUCGGCUCAUCAACACGUCCUACCUGAGCAUCCAUAAGACCUGGGAGGAGGAGGUGAUGAGAGGAUCCUGGGUUUACAGAGACGACCCUCUGCGUAACCGCUCAGGAGGCUGCAUCAAUCACAAAGCCACUUUCCUGCAGAACCCUCAGUACGUGUUUGAUGUGAGGAAGUUGGAGGACGAGGUCUUGAUCUGCCUGCAGCAGAAAGAGAAAAGAGCGACUGCUAAAGAAGGCAAAGGGGAAAACCUGGCUAUCGGUUUCGACAUCCAUCGGGUGGAACUGAACAGAAAGUUCCGCAUGCACACGGCCCAGCAGAAAGUCGCAGGUUCCAUCUACAUCAACUCUCGCUGUGUCUUCCUGAGGAAAGAGCUGAAAGAGGGCCGCUAUGUCAUCAUCCCCACCACCUUUGACCCGGGUCAGCAGGGAGAAUUCCUGCUCCGGGUAUUCACAGAUGUGCCUUCAGACUGCAAAGAGUUGACCCUGGACGAUCCUCCUCAGACGUGUUGGACGGGGAUGUGUGGAUAUCCUCAGCUGGUCACUCAGGUGCACGUGCUGAGUGCUGAGGGGCUGCAGGGCCAAGACUCUAACGGAGGCUCAGAUCCGUACGUGAUUAUCACUUGUGAGGGGGAGAAAGUCCGAUCGCCUGUACAUAAGGACACCCGAUGUCCCAAGUUCGACAUCAAGGGGGUGUUCUAUCGCAAAAAGCCAAAAGAAGGCAUUCACAUUGAGAUCUACAAUAAGAAUGUAAUUGUAGACACCUUCCUGGGUCAGGUGACCCUCUUCAGUGACCCGAAUGACCGACAGGAGCAGCACAUUGUCCACCUGAGAGACAAAGGCAGCCGCCAAAACAACGACCUCCCCGGCAUGCUGACCGUUCGCCUGAUCACCUGCACCACGUUGACCAACAUUUGACAGCUUAAUGAACAUGACCUCACCCCUGCCCUUUAUCAUCUCCUUCCUUCUUUCUCGAUGGCCUCCGAUCAAGCUGCAGUCCCAGACACAAAUAAUGUGAAGACCCAGACUGGGUGAAAGAAGCUCCUGCUUGGACAGAAGUAGACUGCUCUUUA